CACAUUGGAGACGACGGUCUUCGUUCAGUAAAAAGUUUUAAAUUGUUUGUUGUCGUUUAGUAAGCAAUCAGAUUAUCAAAUGAUACCAUGGCAACAAGUACCACAAAAUUGCGAGUUGGAAUUCUCGGAUAUGGAGGACUAGGGCAACAUAUUCACAAUAAAAUUCGAGUUCAAGGAGAUAAACUGGGCCUCGAAAUCGCAUUCAUAUGGAAUCGUUCAGCAUCAUCGCUUUCACAAUUACCCCAAGAAUUGAUACUACACCAAAUUGAGAACUUCCGAACACAUCGACCAGAUUUAGUGAUUGAAGUAGCUCAUCCUGAUGUUACGAAACGAUUCGGAGCUGAGAUUCUUUCCUAUUGCGAUUACUUCAUCGGUUCACCAUCUGUAUUGGCUGAUAGAGAACUCGAAACAAAUCUCACCGACGCAAUUCGUGCAUCCAACAAACGUUUAUUCGUUCCGAACGGAGCGUUAUGGGGAACUCAAGAUAUUCGUCGAAUGUCUAAUGCGGGGAAAUUGGAAGCACUGGAAAUCGAGAUGAGAUUUCAUCCACACUCAUUAAAACUCACCGGCAGCUUGGCCGAAGUGAACAAUCAAGUUGAUGCAACAGCAGUUACUUUAUGUGAAGGACCCAUUCGGGAACUAUGUCCACUAGCACCGAACAAUACAAACACAAUGGCAUGUGCAGCAGUAGCCGGCUACUGUCUAGGAUUCGAUAAAGUAAUUGGACGACUUGUGUCGGAUCCCAGUCUGACCGCAUUUCAUGUAAUCGAAGUCAAUGUUUACGGACCAGAGAUUAAUGGGAAUCGUUUUCAUGUAUUGAGUCGAAGACUGAGCCCAGCUAGAGUUGGCAGUGUAACUAGUUCUGCCACUCAAGAUACGUUUUUCAAUAGCAUAAUUCAAUGUCGUUCGUCAAAUGAGACUGGAAUCGUCCUGUGUUGAAGAAGGGAAAGCAAGUCACAAGUGGAUAUUAAGCCUUGACCUAAGCUAAAUUCGUUAGAACUAAUCGAGUUAUUAAAAUUGGUUGAAGUACAUUUUCUCAAAUUUUUUGUUGGCCGUGAAACCUUUGAAGGUGAACAGCUUUAUUUAUAUGAGAGGGCCAGCUGAAGUAAAUUCAUGUCGAAAUUUCACUGACGUUCCCUGUGUUUUCAUUAGAAAAAUAAUUCUCAGCCCUUUAACAACUGAACAAAACGAAUUUGCGCAGAGUUGUCUCGAGACCGACACCGACAUCGGUUAAC